UUUAAUGCGUCGUUUUGUUGCGUCUAUGGUAAUGAACAGGUUUAGUUGUAGAUGUAAUCACAAAACACUUGUUUUUUACAGCAAUAUCAUUAAAAAGAAUCAAUUCGUUCAGUAUCAUUUACAAAAAAAAAAAAAAAACACAAAUCGAUAUAAUUUUUAGAUGCUCAGAUAGAGAAUUUUUCUGUUUUACAUUUAGUUUUCCACGACGCGAAUACUCCUGCACAAGAUACUGAAUAUAUGGCUUAAAUAUGCAAAUUUGUAUUUUCAAAGACAAAUUUGAUACAUGAAUAUUGCUCCGUGUAUGUAAUUACUUCCCUUUGUCUAGUAGUAUGCACGUGCCAAUGCAUAAUACAAUCAAUAAUCACCAUCCAGUCAUCUAAGAACGCAAGAACUAACUGUUUUCCGAUAAAUGCGUCUUCCUACAUAUUAUGUGUAUCACUUAUUAAUUCGCACGUGCAUACAAGACAACGUUACACCGGAAAAACCGUGCUUUUAUAGGCACUUUCAAAGAAAACUAAUAACUUCCUGGCAGCCAAGAAUUUACUCGUCUCUUCCUAGUGUGUGAAUUGAAACGUGUUUAAUCGAAUUCAUUAAACGUAGGGGAUUCGUUGAGAUUAUGUCGAAACAAAUAACACCGGAAGAUGUAAUCCAGUUUACCCGGCUCAGUGUAGCUUUAAGCUUUUGUUGGCCAUCUGCUGACAACAGCGGUAGUUACAAAAUAGCACAAAUCUGUAUUGUCAUCAACGCUUUCCUGAUCCUCCUGCCUUCGUUGUACUCCAUUUAUUUGUAUUUAGUCGAUAUAAGUUUUCACUUGGAGGCUCUCUUCAAAUGUAUCAACUUAACGAUAUACACCACGCAACUUAUUAUUCAAACUUGUAUAUGUUGGAUAAAGCGCGACAAGCUGCAAGUAAGUUCGACCUCGCGUCCCUUCGUCAAUUUCGCUAUAUACGCGACCCUGACCUUUUUUAUAUUUGGACCUCUAGUCUUACCGAUUCCAACCCUAGUGGAAGUGGAGUAUCCGUUUCAAGUGAAUUAUACGCCAGUAAAUUUUAUCGUCUACUUGCAUCACAGCAGCGCGUGCCUCGCUGUUACUGCACAUUUAUGCAUAGGCGUGUUUGGUGCGCUUUUAAUGUGGUUCGCUGCCGUAAGAUUCGAAUGUUUAGUCGUGGAAAUUCAGAAAACUACGAACAUUCGUAUGUUAGUUGUUUGUAUUAAAAAACAAUUACACUUAAGAAGGUACGCCAAGGAAGUGGUUGGUUGCUUUCGCUUCAUAAUACUUUAUGUGUUGGGAAUGACAACGUUUACUAUAACUCUAUGUGGGAUUUUAUUGAUAGUGGAUUCACCAGUAACUACGAAAGUGGAGCUCCUCGACGCUAGUGCUUUCUGUCUCUUACUCACUUUCAUGUAUGCGUGGCCAGCUGAUUAUUUACAAGAUGCCAGCGUUAACGUUUCCAGAAGCGUAUACUGUAUGGAAUGGUACAAACAACCACUAGAAAUGCAAAAGGACAUACUCACCGUAUUGGUCCAUCAGAAACCAGUGACACUUUCUGUCGGUUGCUUUGUGCCAGAGCUUAAUUUACGUUUUUAUUGUUCGUUCGUGUCCAACGCCUUCUCCUUUUGUACUGCUUUGCGUACCAUUGUACAAGACCACUAGUAUAUCCUAAAUACGUAAAAUGUAGUGAAGACUAGAAUAUGAUAAAAGGAUACUCAUGAAGAAAGAAAUUCCAAACUAGUUGUUUCAAUGAAAAUAUACAUUAAAACUCAUUAUUUUCAGGAUGCAUGCGCACGAAGAAAACCGUUAAUAUUGCUGUAAUAUAAUUUUGGAUAUUAUAACAGC